GGAUGAUCACCGAGCACGUGUAGGGACCUCGGCUGCGGGACAAGAAAGGGACUCCAGAUCGGAAAUGUUUCGGCACCUGAGCUGAGGUGUUCUGCUUCUUCCCACAGACAAGUAAUAAAAUUCUCCCGCGAGAGGUCGACUCAAUCGAAUUCGAGAGUCUUCUCAAUUGCCUAAGCGCAUCAUGCCUCCCAGACGAAAUGCGCAGUCCGUCUCGGCGGAAAUCUCCCUAUCUCACCUCAAAAGCUGUUUGGUCAACCUUCCUACAUCACUGGUCUCGCUCCUAGUCAAUGUCAAUACUCCUGCACAAAAUGUCAUCAUUGAGCUCAGCUAUCGUGAGGCCUCGCCGACUGGAGCCGGCUCCCAGCAACGCUCCAUAUUCGUAGGAUGGACAGGCAUGCCCAGCAAGAGGAGGACCGCUCCUCCUGGGACCCGCGAUGGACCCAAUGGCUCGCGAUCAUCCCGCGAUCAGGAGGUUCAGCUUGUCGAACUUGAUGCCACACUAGCCAAGUCACUAGGUAUUUCAGAAGGGCAGAAGAUCAUGGCCACCAUUCAUCUCGAUCCUCCGCUGGCGCAUACGAUCAACAUUGAACCCCUUACACCGGAGGACUGGGAGAUUAUUGAGCUACAUGCGACAUUCCUCGAACUGAAUCUCAUCUCUCAAAUUCGAGCGCUCCCGAACCCGCUAUACAAAAUUGGCGACAACCCCGUCGAGCCCCAUGCGUUGACACUACAUCUAUCUCCGACAUCGACCGCAAAUAUCAAAGUUAUUUCACUGGAUCCUUCGCCUCCGGCCGACUUGCCAUUCGCAAAGAUAUCCCCCGAUGCCGAGGUCAUCGUUGCGCCAAAGACGAGGCAAAAGAGCUCGCACAGCUCGGGCGACCACCGCAGCGUAGCCAGCACUUCCAAGUCCAAACGAAGCGCGACCAGUACGGUGCGCCGGCGAAGCGCCAAGGAAGAGCGGAGACCUACUAUGUUUCUGCGUGGUCUUGACCGAAGCUCAUGUGAAGAAUGGUUUGAUGAAGGGCCCCUGGUUCAGGACUUGAGUGUUUGGGUUGAUCACGACCUUCUCUCCGGCGAAGCCUUCAAAGGGGUCAACUACGUCGCGGUUGAUGUUAUUAGACCAGCUGGUCUGCAACAGCCUCAACCAGAAGAAGGCGGCGUUCCUGCUGGGACGACUGCGGCCACAAAAGUCAUUGCUCAUCUUAGAUCAUGGAUUGAUCCUCCCAACAGUCAAUCAGUUGCUCUUUCGUCACCCCUUUGUGCAAGUCUUGGGUGUUCUGGCAUGGUUGGCGGGAUAGUAAAGCUUCAAGCAGCUCCACAGCAACUCCCCAAGACUGCGGUUCAGAGCAUCAAGGUUUUUCCUUUCGCCACAAGUGCAAAGACAGUCGAAGGUCUGCGGUUUGGUGGAGAAUCCAAGGCUGAGAAAGAAGAGUCUGCGAAGCGGUUCCGACAGAUCUAUGCCGCUACUAGAGGUACUGAUGGGCUUCUUCAAGGACCUCUGACAGACGGCUCCAUCAUGGGCUUAUAUGAAGGUCUCGAUCCUCCUCAGGGGUGGGAAGGCGGCAUCAUUAAAUUUACCUUUGGUGGUGAUUUUCAGGAGAACAAAGACGCUGCGAAUUGGCUUCUUGGACUCGACACUAAACUGCCUAUUGACUUUCAGCCACCAACUCCUCGACCAUCCCGGCUGACCGAGACGGACGGGUUUGAGCGUCAACCAACCCACGAUUCGCUCCUUGUUGGAAUCGACUCCUUGCUGGAUAAUUUACAGUCUAAUCUUGUGCACCUUUCUUCUGUCCUUCUCACUGGUGGCAUGGGAUCCGGAAAAUCUUCUAUUGCUCGAUACUUGGCACAAAAACUUCGAGGAGAUUCAUUAUUCCAUACAUUAUACUACCCUUGUCGGAAACUAGUCAAUGACGAGACACGAAUCUCAACGAUAAAGGAAACUUUGAACCGUUUGUUCGCCACUGCCAGCUGGGGUGCACGCUUAAACGGAAAAGCUGUGGUAGUUCUUGAUGACCUGGACAAGCUUUGUCCUGUAGAAACAGAACUUCAGGUUGGCAAUGACAAUGGAAGGAGCAGGCAAGUCGGUGAGAUCCUGUGCUCGAUCGUCAGACAAUACUGUACCCGCGACAGUGGUGUUGUUCUCCUGGCCACAGCUGAGGGCAAGGAGUCAAUCAAUGGUGUUGUAGUCAGUGGCCAUGUUGUGCGCGAGAUCGUCGAACUCAAGGCACCUGAUAAGGAAUCGAGACGUCGAGUGAUGGAGUCUAUCGUCAUGCAGGAUGCCAUGACGGCUGACGAAGCUCAGACACAGUUCAGCGAUGAAAGUCGACCACAAACUGCUGACGGCAGCAUGACGGAAGACAGUGGUGCUUGGAUGGACGGCGCUAGUCAUGCGAGCAAGGAGAGCCGUCCGGCAAAGACGAGCGGCUUCAUCUUGGACCCAGACCUUGACUUUCUUGACAUUUCUGGGUCUACAGACGGCUAUAUGCCUGGCGACAUCAAUGUCCUUGUGUCUCGCGCGAGGAACGAGGCUAUCAUUCGUGCCAUUGCUGAGUCGCCAGACUCGACAGGCGCCAUUCACUUGGCAAGGGCUGAUUUUGAUAAGGCGCUCAAGGGGUUCACGCCAGCCUCAUUGAGGAAUGUGUCACUGCAGAGUUCGUCAACAAGCUUCAAGUCCAUUGGAGGGCUGCAAGAGACACGACAGGUGCUCCUGGAGACGCUACAAUACCCGACUAAAUAUGCGCCAAUCUUUGCGCAGUGUCCACUACGCCUUCGAUCUGGCCUUCUUCUUUACGGAUAUCCCGGUUGCGGUAAGACGCUUCUUGCCAGCGCUGUUGCAGGCGAGUGUGGCCUCAAUUUCAUCAGUGUCAAGGGCCCUGAAAUUCUGAACAAGUAUAUCGGUGCCUCUGAAAAGAGUGUCCGGGAUCUGUUUGAUAGGGCCCAGGCUGCGAAGCCAUGUGUACUCUUCUUCGAUGAGUUUGACUCCAUUGCACCUAAGAGAGGGCAUGACUCUACAGGUGUUACGGAUCGUGUGGUAAACCAGCUUCUCACGCAGAUGGAUGGUGCCGAGGGAUUGUCAGGUGUCUACGUGCUGGCAGCUACUUCACGGCCUGAUCUGAUCGACCCUGCUCUUCUUCGUCCCGGCCGUCUGGACAAGUCUUUGCUGUGCGAUAUGCCUUCCCUGGAGGAUCGUGUCGACAUCAUCAAGGCGCUGUUUCAAAAAGUCAGACUCUCGGACGAGCUGACCGAAUCCGAUGGGCCUCUGACGGACAUUGCUCGCCGUACUGAGGGCUUCUCGGGUGCUGACCUCCAGGCUCUUGUGUCCAAUGCUCAGCUCGAGGCUAUUCACGAUGUUUUGGACGUUGAUGGGCCUACAGUCACUUCUAAACGAACCAACGGAACCGAUGGCAAGUCGAACACCACACCUAGCUUCGUCCAGUUCCGUUACGGCAAAGACGCCAAACCCCUGACCGAAGCGACUCCAAAAAGCAAGUCCGCUGCUCUGGUCGAGAACGCAUCUAUUUUGGCAAAGCUUGAAGAGAUCAAGAUAGCUCGUAAGAAGUCGAAGCAGAUCCACGGGGCUCCCGCCGCCAACACGGACGCCAAGGCGGAAAGCAGCGAUCAGAGGGAGGUGGUCAUCGAACGGGGCCACCUCAUAAAGGCUCUGGAUAGCACACGGGCGAGUAUCAGUUCUGAGGAGAAGGCCAGAUUGCAAAGGAUAUAUACCGAGUUUGUUGUCGGUAGAAGUGGCCAAAUGAAAGAUGGACAGGGAAGUAUGGAGAUUGGAGGCCGAAGCAGCUUGAUGUAAGAUAUGGAUUUGGCAUGUAUAGAAUAUCGAUGUGAACGUAAAUACCAGCAUCUUGGAUUAAAUUUCGUUAUCUUUUGAGAUUCUUGAUAGACCUUUUUAUUUUAUAGCUGGUUAAGUGGAGGCAUCUUCAGCAAGAAUCUUCUUCAUACUCUCAAGAACGGCAGCGUGGAUACCCUGCCUCGCUGCAAGCAAGCCAUUGUUCUGGCUCAGAUCCCUUCCAGCUCCAAAGUCCAUAUCCUUGCCGUCAAGAUCGGUUACUUUGCCACCGGCCUCGGUCAAGAUAAGUUGGGCCCCAGCAUGAUCCCAGAUGUGCAUUACCACAUCGUCAGAUGAAGGGAUACGCAGCUGGAAAUCGCCGCCGCCAACGAGGAGUGCCGCAUAACGGAUGUGUGAUGAGUACAGCUCGAUGUUGGGGAAUUUAGCACCGAAAGAGCUUGCGAGUUUGCGGAUGAGGUCGUGACGAGAUGUCGAGCCACUCGAGUAGUUGAUGAUCUGAGCUUCAGCGGGACUUGAGGCUUUGGCGACGCUGUCAAGAGGCUGAGCUGGCUGGAGACCGCUGAAGUCCAUCUUGCGAAUCGUGGUGCCUUGUCCGCGAACUGCGGUGAGCAUAAGACCCAAACCAUCCUUGUCGAUGGUUGACUCUGCAACUGUAUCGUCCACAGGCUUGAGGUUUGCACAGCCCAAAACACCAACGACCUCCUUUCCAUCCUCUACCAAGGCUAGGGAAACAGCGUAUUGUUCCCCCUUGAGGAACGUAGCUGUUCCAUCAAUAGGAUCCAUUACCCAGAAUCGCCCAUUUCUCCCACCCUGACCGCGUCCUCCAAGAUCAAUCACCUCAAGAAGCUCAUCAACAUCUUUGGGGCUCGCAAGGAGGGCAUCAUCGUCUGCGUUCUCGAGGUGAGCGCCAGAGGCAAGUUCCCAAACACGCUGCUUCAAGGCCGGAUCUUGUCUAAGAGCGCUGGAGUCUUCCUCGCCGACGAAGUGGUCACCGGGAAAUGCCUUGCGGAGGGCGCUGAUGAGAACAGCUUGAGCGGCGAAGUCAGCAGCGGUGACGGGAGAGUCGUCUGCUUUUGAAAUGCCACUGACGGUCGAUUGGACUCUUUUUGUGAGGAUUGAUGCCCGUAGCACGGCGAGCUCUGCGAUUUGACGCUCAAGGGUGUAGGAUGACAUGAUGGCGUUGUAGUGUUGGUGGAGGUUUCAGGAUUGUUAUUUGGUGAGCUGCUGCAAUAUGCGGUGCUGAUAAGAGGUAGCGUAUUUUAUUAUGAUGCGAUUAUUCAGGUGAUGUGAUGCAUGAGAAUGAGUGAGAGGACGAGGCGGUGAUUUG